AUGGAUCAAAGAUUUGAGCAGCUACAGAAGGACAUGCAAGACCAAUUGCAAGAGCAAUUGGCAAAAAUGCAAAACGAUAUGAGGGAGCAUAUGCUAGAAGCUCAGAAGAACAUGAUGGCUGAGAUGACUCAACUACUGAGGGCCACUAAUAAGGGAAAGGCUCCCAUGGCAAUUUCUGGAGAAGAGAAUGAGGAUCCUCCUCCUGGUUUCACUCCACCUCACAUACGAACUCAACCUGAGGCAUAUCCUCGUGGGCCGUCUAUCACAGUAAGGCCUCAACAGGGUCAAGUUGAUACUGGGAUCUCUAUAAAUUUCCCAACUGGCUCGGGAUUCAAUUUAGGCGAUAACUCUACCAAUCCUCUCAUUCCUAAUUUAGAUAUAGCUGAAAAGGAAGAUUUGAGAGCCGAGGUUGCAAAACAGUUGGAAGAACAUUGCCGAUGGCUGGAGGAGAAAUUUAAGGCUUUAGAAAGUGCUGAAGGGCAUCAGGGAGUUGAUGCCAAAGAUCUAUGCUUUGUCCCAGAUUUGGUUCUUCCUCACAAAUUUAAGAUGCCAGAGUUUGAAAAAUACAACGGGACUACUUGCCCAGUGGCUCAUGUUACGAUGUUCUGUAGAAGAAUGACCGGGCACGUAAACAAUGAUCAGCUGUUGAUCCAUUAUUUCCAAGAUAGUUUAGUAGGAGCGGCAGCCCGGUGGUACAAUCAGUUGAGCCGGGCUAGAAUAAGUUCAGGGAAAGAUCUUGCAAAAGCCUUCAUGCAGCAGUACAAUCAUAGAUGGAGAGAGGUGGCAAUACAGGUUCAACCACCACUAUUGGAGAAAGAAACCACCAUGUUGUUCAUCAACAUUUUGAAGGCUCCAUUCAUUACUCACAUGAUUAGAAGCACUACCAAAAGUUUUGCAGACAUAGUCAAGGCAAGAGAAAUGAUUGAGAAUGCCAUAAAGGGUAGAAAAAUUGAGGGGGAAGUAGCCAAAAGAUCGGCCUCAAGAAGAAAAGACAAUGAGGUGAACAACACAAGUAGCUUCAAUUCGAAGGCAAUCACAGUUAGUCAGCCCAAAGUGGCUACGGGUGGGCAGCAAAGUGCUCAAAGACAGGAAUCAGGAUCAAGACAGAAUUCAGAGAGGAUACAAUUCAUGCCUAUCCCUGUGACAUAUCGUGAGCUUUAUCAAAGCUUAUACGAUGCACACGCCAUUACUCCAUUUCACUUGAAAAUACGAAUAUCAUGCGGGAAUACCGGGGCAUUCAAUUGA